CUCUUGACUUCCUCCUGCGUCAUCGCUGAAUGUCGUGCUCUCGGGUCGCUAUUUUAUGGCACUCUCAAAAUUCUUGAAGGAUUUAGUGUACUCAAGUGUCGGCAUGAAUACAACCCUUCUCUUGGCGCUGCUUGGUGUAUUCGCAAGAGGAUUCGUAUUUCACGAAAGCACAGCCAACGCUUUGGUAGAUUAAAUAAGGGUGAACGGUGUUUUCUUUUCGCGCUGGCAUCAAAUGACUCCGAUUUACGGUAUCGUGCGCGAGAAGUCCCCGGAAUGCCCGUCAUGUUCAUUGCCCAACGCUGCCUUAACACUGAACCCAUUCCAGAAACAACUCAACAACUUGUCGAAAAAUUAACAUCCCAAAGCCUUUCAAUGAACCCGUUUGAAACAGAAAGGCUCCAUCAAAUUGAGGCAAAAUUUGGAUUGCAAAAGGACAUUGACAUCCAAAAGAAGAAAAAGAAACGAGGCGUAUCUGGGCCGAAUCCUCUAUCCUGUCGCAAAAAAGCGUCCACUGCCAAAGUAGUCGUCUCUGCUUCAGAUGAAAAACCCAGACGAUGGAAGAAGCGCCAACGUGCUCUACGAAAAACGUGGGCAAUGUGCCAGGUUCUUAACCAUCUUUCCGGACAGCAGCCAUCUACUGUGAAUUCAUAG